UCUCUUAUCUAUGUGUAUGUUCCUAUUUAAUUUCUAAUAUGCUUCUAAUUUAUCUAUUUUUCUAAUGUAUUAUAGGAGUACUGAAAUAUUUAAAAAUGAUUGUUGUAUUCAAGUCUUUUUCUAGAAUUUUUAAUGUUUCAUCAAACUGUAAAGUUUCCCUUAGGUCAUUGUGUUUAACAGAAGGAAGGGAAAAAUUCUUUCUUGGAAGUUCAGUUUUAUUGCAUUUUAAGUACUACCGGCGAAGUCUUGCUACGAUCCCUGAUAAGGUACAUAUAAAUGUUGGAACUAUUGGGCAUGUAGAUCACGGUAAAACAACAUUAACAGCAGCUAUCACAAAAGUUUUAGCAAAAGAUGGUUUAUCAAUUUACACCUCAUAUGACCAAAUUGACAGGGCACCUGAAGAAAAGGCAAGAGGAAUUACCAUUAAUGCUGCACAUAUUGGAUAUAGUACAAAGAAACGCCAUUAUGCUCAUACAGACUGCCCAGGGCAUGCUGAUUAUAUUAAAAACAUGAUUUCGGGGGCUUCUCAAAUGGAUGGUACUAUUUUAGUUGUUGCUGCUACAGAUGGACAAAUGCCACAAACCAGAGAACAUCUUCUGCUUGCUAAACAAGUUGGUAUAAAAAAGGUUAUAGUUUUUAUCAACAAAGCAGAUGCUGUUGACAAAGAAGUGCUUGAGUUAGUUGAGUUAGAAAUAAGAGAACUCUUGACUGAAUUCGGCUUUGAUGGAGAUAACACUCCAGUAAUUUAUGGGUCUGCUUUAAAUGCACUACAAGAUAAAAACACAGAGUUAGGGGAAAAAUCAAUAAGGAAAUUAUUAGAAAUUAUGGAUGAAUAUAUUCCAGAACCCCAAAGAGAUCUUACUUCACCUUUUAUGUUACCAAUUGAUAAUGCAUUUCUUUUACCUGGAAGAGGCACUGUAGUAGUUGGAACUGUUACUAGAGGAGUCUUAAAGAAAAAUGACAGUGCCGAACUGUUAGGAUUUGAUAUGCAAAUUAAGACCACAAUUAAUGACAUACAAGUCUUUAAAAAAAGUGUACUACAGGCUGUUGCUGGUGAAAAUGUUGGUAUACUAUUGAGGGGUGUUAAAUUGAAAUUAGUUGAGAGAGGAAUGCUUCUUUGUGCCUUAGGCAGUGAAAAGCUUAGCAAUAGAUUUAUUGCAAGUGUUUAUUUCUUAACAAAAAGUGAAGGGGGACGAUCAAAACCAAUUCUUGGAAAAUAUAUUCAACAGUUUUUUAGUAAAACUUGGAAUGUUCCUUGCAGAUUAGAUUUAGAUGAAGAAAUGCCAAUGCUUUUACCUGGGGACCAUGGCAAAGUCUACAUAACUUUAAUGUGGAAAAUGGUGAUGACUCCAGGUCAAUCUUUUACAAUAAGGGAGAAUAAUGUAACUGUGGCCACUGGAAUAGUGACAGAAACGUUACCUAGUGUAGAAGUGUCUGGAAACCUAGGGAAACUCGUUUUAUAG